AUGCCGAAAGUAACCAAAUUACACAACACGGGAAGGCCGAAAGCAUUACAAAAACCAACAAAACCCGAUGGAUCAAAUCAAGCGGAUCCUGAAGAAUCAUUAAGAGAAUUUCAGUUGCAACUUCUUUGGUGUAUUCAAAAGUUAGAAAAAUCUAUUGGCGAAAAGAAAGGAAAUGAUAGACAACUACAAGAAAUGUGGAAGGUGUUGACAAUAUUGAAAAAUAACAACCAGCCCAUAAUUCGUAAAAGACAAUUAAUGAGAAAACACCUAGGUGAUUAUAGAGCGAAAAUGGCAGCUGAAGAAAAGACCCUGGUCAAAAUGGCAAGCAAGAUAAAGAUAGCAGAUAAUCCAGUACAACCCAAAGCAACUUUUCUUAGAAAAUCAGCAUUUUUAUCAACUGGAAACAGUUCAUUUAAAUUCAACUUUAAUGUUCUAAAUGAACAAAAUGAUAACAAAAGUUCAAAUACUGAAAACAGUGAACUAAUUAAAGUUAUAAAUAAAACACAAAAUAUUGACCUAACAGGAAAUAAGGACAAUUCUAAAGCAAAUUUAAAAACUGAUGAUAUCGCUACUUCUCUAACAGAAAGCAAUUUAAAUAAACCUAUGUUUUCCGAUUCUGGUUCAGAAUUUAAGUUUAAUUUCAAUAUAGACAGUAGUCAGUAA